UUUCUUCAUCUCAGGGAUACUGGUUACCACGUUGGUCCAGCUUUGGAUCUGUUGCUUUUAACUGGACAUUCUGAGUUUAUUCAACUUCUAUCCAUUGGUAAAUAAGAUACGCAUGAAGUAGCCCCCCAUUAUCAUAAUACGAAAAUAAAAAUUGAUAUGGAAUUCCUAGAUGUCAACCUGGAUGAAGUUGCUUCCGCUUUUCAUGAAGCGAAAAGUUUUGGGAAGAGAUGUAAGGAAGCAUGUGGUGAUGUAAUUGAGGCUAAACGAUGUCGCAUAAAGUUCCCCAAGUUCAACACUUACGUUCUUUCAACUGGGGAAGGUUGCCUACAUGAAGUUGUCUAUCCUGCUGGAUGCCCACUCAAAGUUUUGAAAAGCGUUAAAAGCCCAGCAAGGCACUAUCCAUUCUCAUUGGACCCCUUUCAGCAACGUGCUAUUCAGUGUAUUGAGAAUGAACAGUCUGUUAUGGUGUCUGCUCAUACUUCUGCUGGCAAAACAGUAGUUGCAGAGUAUGCAGUUGCUAAAAGUUUGAGUCAGAAACAGCGUGUUAUUUAUACAACGCCUAUAAAAGCUUUAAGUAACCAGAAAUUUCGUGAGUUUUCUGACAUUUUCGCGGACGUUGGUUUAAUGACUGGUGAUACAACUAUUAACCCAGAAGGAACUAUCCUUAUAAUGACGACCGAAAUAUUGAGAUCUAUGCUGUACAGAGGAUCUGAAGCAACACGGGAAGUUGGAUGGGUUAUUUUCGAUGAAAUCCAUUAUAUGCGAGAAAAGGAGCGUGGUGUUAUCUGGGAAGAAACUAUUAUCUUGUUACCUGAUAGUGUUGGACUUGUCUUUCUUAGUGCAACUAUCCCAAAUGCCCGUGAAUUUGCUGAAUGGAUAGUGUUUUUGCAUGGAAAACCAUGUCACGUUGUUUACACAGACUGUCGUCCCGUCCCACUGCAACAUUAUGUUUUUCCUUGUGGUGGAGAUGGGAUUCAUUUGGUGGUCAACAAAAAUCAUGAAUUUCUUGAAUCCAACUUCAAGUGUGCCCUAGAUGUUUUACAGAAUGCUGCUGGCAAUGCGGUUUCCGAUGCUAGGUCACGCGGGCGUAAUGGCGGUAGUACCCGCCCUCAACCAUACUGCUCAAAGUUAGUCAAAUUGGUCAUGGACCAAAAUUUGGAGCCGCUUAUUGUAUUUUCCUUUAGUAAAAUGGAUUGUGAAUACUAUGCCAUGCAGCUAAACAAGAUGGAUUUCAGUGAUGACUACGAGAAGACAGCCAUUGAACUUAUAUUCAAUAAUGCAAUCGAGAACCUUUCCGUUGAAGACAGAAACCUUCCUCAGGUUCAGAUUUUAUUACCUGUACUGCGUCGUGGAAUUGGUAUCCAUCAUGGAGGAUUGUUACCCAUACUGAAAGAAAUAGUUGAAGUGUUGUUCUCUGAGGGUCUGAUAAAGGUGUUAUACGCCACUGAAACUUUUGCCAUGGGUCUCAAUAUGCCAGCUCGUACUGUCUUGUUUACAGCUACUCGAAAGUUUGAUGGGAGUGAUUUUCGUUUACUUUCAUCUGGCGAGUACAUUCAAAUGUCUGGACGUGCAGGUCGGCGUGGUAAAGACACACGUGGCACUGUUAUAAUGAUGCUUGAUGACCGUAUAAAUUCAGAGGAAGCUAGAAGACUUCUACUUGGUGAACCUGACCGACUAGACUCUUCGUUCUACCUAACUAAUAACAUGAUACUGAAUUUGUUGCGUGUUGAAGAUGUGAAUCCUGAAGUGAUGUUAGUGAAAAAUUUUCAUCAAUUUCAGUGUAAAUCUGGGUUGCCUGCUCUAGAAAAUCGCCUGAAGGAUUUAGAAAAUCUUGUCGGGAAUAUUUUUUUCCCAAGCGAUGUAGAUUUGGAGCAACUCCAAGCUUACAUUAAACUCCGAAAUGCUGUCUCUAUGUGCGAAUCUGAUCGGUGGUCAUUGGUUACACAGAGAAAGAGCAUUAUACCUUUUCUUCAAUCUGGUAGAGUGGUUCGAAUUAGGAGCUCAGACGAUUCGGAUUUCGGUUGGGCAGUUGUUUUACAUGUGGAUCGUUCUGGUUUUUCGAAGGCACUGUCAGGGCGUCAUAAAUGCAAUGGCAUGUCAGCUAUUUGUCUAAUGCAAGUGGCCGAUGAUCAGAUUCUUAAUAAUUCGGAUUUUAUAAAGAAACCAAUUCCUCUUUCACUUGUGCAACCCGUUGUGAAUGACGAAUUCGAGACAUCUACCAAUGGAAAACCUCCUCCUGUUUGUAUGGUUUCUGUCCCCUUUGACUGUCUAUCUGCUAUCUCCAGCGUAUGUCUCAAACUUGUUUCCUUAUUUCAAUUUAAAACCAAUAAUUCGAAGUUGUUAUGCGACAAACUGUUUCUUCAACCGGAACAUGUUAAGCGGAGAAUUUGGGAGGGUGUUUAUCGUUCUCAAGCAAAGCUGGACGGGGUACUGCCUACACUUGACCCCAUCAAGGAUUUGAAUAUCCGUGAUGAUCGAGUUAAAAAGAAGUCCGAAGUUAUUAAUUUAUUAAAAGCUCGGAUGGACAUGAAUCCUAUUUCGAAACGAGCAGACCUGAACUGCCUUAUUGAUCGAUUCAGUUGGAAAACAGCUAAUUUAGCGAAAAUUGAAGCUAUUCGUGAACGUAUAAACAGGAUAGAUUCCAUUUCAUUAAUCGAGGAAUUACGUGCGAGGAAAAGACUUCUACGAGACUUUGUUUUUGUUUGGAAGAUGAUACAGUCGCUUUGAAAGGUCGUAUUGCUUGUGAAAUCUCGAGUGGUGAUGAACUCAUAUUGACUGAAUUGUUAUUGGAUGGAUUCUUUAACAGUUUCUCACCAGUUCAGUUGGCAGGUGCCAUGUCAUGCUUUGUUUCAGAAAAGCAAUCGAAACAACGACGGUUGAAUUUGAGUUCUGUUAUGGAGAAAGCUUUGAAGACUAUCAUGUAGGUUUGCCAUUGUUAGCUCUGCCUGUUAAGAAAUGGUAGUAUUCUUGAUGGCUUUUCAUCCAAUCUACUUUACAAAGUUUUACCAUGUAAUCCUUUCAAAGGUUAUUAUACUUCCAAGUUGAUUUCUGCGGACGUCGUUCAGUAGUGCACAAUAGUUAUAGUUAUGUUUCAUCUUCCGUAGUUUUCACAACCGAAGUAGGUCCACAGCAAUGUCAUUCAGUCAUACAUCUUUCCAGUUAUAGUGUCAUUGUCCAAGAAACACUAACUUUAUACACUUUUUGACAUACAAAAUUCUGUCAGUGUUUUCAUUAUUUUGGUAUUUGUAUUUUCCAGGGAAUGUAAAACAAGAUAAGUUUGUUUCAACUGACGUUUCGCUAUUUAGUACCAAUAGUUUUAUCGAAGUUAUAAUAAACCAGAAUUUAUAUAACUUGAUGAGUACUGGGUGAUGAUUGAAGGUGAGAUGAAAAUCUGGGCCGCUAUAAGAGGUUCUUUGUAAUUUCUGAAGCCUUUUGAAUAAUUUCGACAUUGCCGAAAUCAACCUUGUGACCCAAAAUUAAAGCAUCAUUGUUUUCAAGUCCUUCCAGUUCCUUGUCGAUAUUUAGAGGGUCGUAUGGAAGCUCUUCAGUGUUCAUGUUUUCCUAAUUUUGAUCUCACUCUGGAAGUUUGCCUUUGUAUACUGGGACUUAUUUUUUUUAAUAUUUAUAAACACAAUCAGAUUGUGAAUCCAAUGGGAUCUCGUUUUUCAAAUGAACUACGGUGCUCUGCAUGUAUUUGAUGUUCUGUAGAACGCUUUGACAUUGCAUUUUUUGAUCAAUUUCUUAAUUUCAUCUUUAGGGAAUAACUGUUGUUAAAGCCUAUGAUUUAGGAGUAGUUUUACGAUCAAAUUUAAUGUCAUUUUCUAUUUCAACGAAUAAUUAAUUAUUUUAAGUAUCCUGUCCACAUCUUUUAAUUCUGUAACUCCUUUCAUUUUCAUCUGUUAUAAGAACAUGUGCUCUUUUUGAAAGACUGAAGCCAACAGAAACUUUCACACUGAUCGGAUGUGAUGAGUUGAUAUCUAAAUAUUUAUUCGAAUGUGUUGCUUUCCUGAAAAUAGUUAGACCUAGAUGUUCAUUUUCUCUCUGCUUAACAAGACAACUAAAGAAAGACAGUUCCUCAUUAUCCGCUUCUUCUUCUGAGCUGAAUUGGGUGAUCUAGCAUUCAGCUAAACUAAGUAUGUGUGGCAUAAGUCACCUUUUAAAUAUACGAAUGUCUCAUCAACAUACCGCAGCCAAAUUUUUGCCUUUAGUCAUUGGAUGAAGAAGCUUUCUUCGGAUUUACUGAAACACUGGCUAUUAUUGGUGAAACAGAUGAAUGCAUAGUUUUUCUUCAUAUGUGAAGUAAGUAGUCUCUAAGCAGAAUUUUACUGCCUUUAAGAUGUCACUGGUAUUUAGUGAUGUAUGUUGUCGAUGUUGUAUCUAAGUCUAAUAAAUUAUGUAGGUUAUCAUAAGUUGGAAUACUAGUAUACAAAGAAUUUCAUCUCCCUCGAUUUUACGUGAAGAAAUUUUGGAUUUAAAGUCGAGUGAGUCUUUUAUUGUGUAAUUUGAGUGAUUUUCUAGGAGUUUAAGACAUUUAGAGAGGUGGCAUGUUGGUGUGUCGGUGAAGUCCACAAUUGGUCUUUGAGUCUUGUGUAGACUAGAAUCUUGAAGGUGCGUAUGACUUGGGUUCGAGCUUGGACCAAAUUGAGCUGACGAUUCUGGGUUUUGGUUCUUGAAGUAAUCUGUUAGUGUUGAGUUUCAUGUUGUUCAGACCAGUGGAUCUUUUCUUAUCAAAUAAAGCAUAUGAUCCUUUGGACAAGUAUUCACUUGCCUUCUCAUAAUCUGUUCUUUUCAUAAUGAAUGUUAUAUUUCCUUUAUCAGCCUUUGUUAUUACAAUGUUCUUGUCUUUCCUCAAAUUUUAACGGCAUGAAAUUCUUGUCCAGUGAUGUUGAGUGUAUUUCUUUGCGUUGCCGGGGUGUGUGAAAUUUUAUGACGUACAAUCUGCGCCUUAUCGUUAGGUAAGGGGAUUCUGAAGCAUGUUCGAUAAUUGAUGCUGUCUCAUGAGUCAAUAAUAUCUUUCUCUUGAUGUUGAGAUUGAAAUCUUUCUGAUAAGAUUCUAAGUAAAAAUGAGAUUCCAGUCUCAUGAGGGAGUAAAACGUAGUUUGACCUGGUCUCAACCCACCACCACAUACUGACAUAACCAACAUACAUGCGAUAAAAACUACCAACACAUGUGUACAUACAAAUCUCAAUCUGUAAUGCAUACACUCUUCACACACACAUACUACACGUGGAUAUUAUGUAUUUAUUCUACAAUUCGACCAUCAUCAUCCUGUAUUCAACAAUGCUGACAAGGCAGAAUCAUUCAUGGGUAAGAACACUUAUCAAGUUAUCGUAUAUAAAUUCUGGUUUACUACAACUUUGAUAAAGCGAUUGGUACUAAAUAGCGAAACGUCAGUUGAAACGAACUUAUUUUAUUUUACAUUCCUUGGGAAAUACAAAUUCCAAAAUAAUGAAUAUCAUUUACCCAACGUCUAAAUUUUUCCAAACCGUGAAAUCCUGGAUUUGGAUAUCUCUUCUCUCAUUGUGUUAUUAAUCCUGGGUCAAUGCAUAUAUUUCUAUAACUAAAUGCUAGACUCAUUCGUAUCAAGACGUGCUUUAAAGCAUGAUAUAAUCGUACUUGUCUGCUUAUGGAUACAAGAUGAGUUAACUUACCUUUUCAACGUCUUUUUUGAAUUAUUCUAAUUCAGACUUUUUUCUAAUUUUUGUGUAUGAUAAUAGUUUUAAACGAGCCAUCUAACUUCUGAAAACAUUGGAAGUAAGCGCUUAUCGAAAGCACAAGUCGAUAAGACAGUUUUCUUUGAGACUAGAAUUAAUUAGCAAUCGGUAUUCCUUAAGUUUCUUAGCCAAACUAUAUUUAGAGUACAUCACCAUUAUUUGAAGAACAAACAAGUGAAUAUACGAACAUCCUGAAUGGAAUAUAUAUAUAUAUAUAUAUAUAUAUAUAUCACCAAUGUAUCAGUGUAAAUUAAUAAACAUCGACUAUUCGUUUAACCGAUUCUUCACCUUCAAAUAAUUAGGUUCUCCACUAAAGCUUAUGGAGUAUAAAAUAUGCUCAGGUCCUGGAGCUGUGACUUUUGUCUUCUACUUUUUAACGGCCAUUUCUUACAACCGUAUAACAGGGCGGAACGCACUGCGAAGCAUUAUACUCAUUUUUUUUGAUAGAUAGUCGAAUAUCUGCCCAGCCGGGGCCACGGAUGACGCAAGUUUGUAAAUGCCUCCUGUAUCCGAGCUGAGAUUUUGCCAGCAACCAGCUCGUUCAGGGUGAUGCAACUCCCCAUGGAAGUGAAGUGGUCGACACAUUCCACCACUUUGCUCUCCAUCAUAAAACUGGGACUGGUGACAGCAGACCAGUCCCGAAGCAUUAUCUUACAUUUGGCAGGCGUCAGCGAGAUGCAUGCCGAGCUUACUCAGAUUUCUGCUCAACGUGUCCAGAAUACCGUGCAAUUUGUCUACGUCUUCACCCUGCAGGACAAUAUUGUCUGCGUAGUCGAAGUCAACUGGAUGACCUCUAGGGUGAAUGUCAAUCCCUGUGAAUUCAGACGUGCCUAAGGUUAUGACCGUUAGUACUUUUGUGAUGAAGUUGAAUAGAAACGGUGACCGUGGAUAUUUCUGAUGAACGCCACUAGUUAUUGUCAAUUCACAUGUCAACUCUCCGUAAACCCUUACACGGCAGCGUGAGUUCAAGUUUAGAGCUUUGAUAAGGACUACAUAAUUUUUUGGUACUCUCUUUACAGUCAGACACUGCGACAACACUUCACAAUCACAGACCUGAACCCUGCUUCACCUAGCUGGGCUUGUGUACUCAGAUAGUAUCCCCAGCUAUAUCUAACAUAAAAAGUGUGGCUCAUAGCAUGUUGCACGUGGAUUGCAGAGUUCUUUCGUAUUUUAAAAGUGGAAAAUUUUGGCGAUAUCAAAAACUAUUGGUCUUUUGAUAUUUAAACUGUCUUUUCAUUUAUCAGUAUAUCAGUAGAAUUUGGAAAUGGUCUUUCGUGGAUGUUGCUAAUUGUUAUAACUAUUAUUUCUCUUGCAGGCUGAAAAUGUCGCUGGGUUACAUCAGGAUGAAAAUCUCUUUAAAUCUAUUAAUGUGGAGUGAUUACUUGAAUGUUUUCGAUUUUAAUCUGAGCACAGACGCUUUUUAAAAUUGUGUCAACACAGACAAAUAGUUAUACUUUCAUUUUCCUGAGAGAGUACGCUUGAUUACCAGUGGAUAUAGGUGCUACAACUAAAUUCUGUAUUGAGAUUAAAUACCUUGUUUUUGGCCACGAAGAGUAUAAUCGAGUCAAUACACUCUUGAAUCGCUGUGAAACUUCUUAAGAUCUGUAACGUUCGAUGGGUUAUAUAAUUAAAAUAUUUUGAGCUGGGUUAUGCAUGCUUGUUAUCCCUGAAGAUUUAACAAGGUAUUCGUUUCCACUUCCAUAUACUGGCUACAGACUUGUAAGGUCCUAAGUGCUGUUACUACAAAAAUUCAAGUGAAUCGCAUGCCCAGUGAGUUCUUUUAGUCCGCAAACAGUAACGAACUUGGAGUUAAAGUGCUUUUUGAACAUAAUAUAUAGGUGAGACUGCAUGUAUUAAAAUUGAACAUGAACGAAAAACCGAAAACGGUUGAUGCUAAUAUUAAAUUCUCACCUUUAUCUACGGAAAAGAAAUCUAAACAUUGGAUUUUGAGUAAUGUUUUUUUCCCAUAUCAGUGGGUUUUGCUGUCUGAAUUAUGUGAAAAAUGCAAGUAAUUAUCUGUGGGUAUUUUUGAGAUGAAUGGGGAUUUUUAAUUUAGAAGCAGUAUUUAUCAUGGACUGACAUCAGUUGGGGAACGAUUGAGAAUCUGGG